AACCACCAAUUGCCUAACUUCUAGAAUGCUUUUCCAAGAGGGGUCGACCUCGGUUACUAGUCUCCACCCAAGCUUGGAAAGAAGAGCUAGGUUCAUUUCUUCCGCAGACCGAAAACCCAAGCCUCCCAUGCUUUUAGGUAGGGACCCAGUGCAGAUUAUAGAGCAUGCUAUGUGUUACAAGAGGGAGUUUAAGCGGGCCCAAGAUCUACCAAAUGAGCAUGGGGGCCGAAGGGAUUGUGUUAGAUGGUUUCCACCAGCUGCUCCUUUGUUUAAACUUAAUGUGGAUGGAGCAAUUUCUGAGCAACAACGGAUUUUUGGAAUAGGGGCAAUAAUAAGAGAUGAGAGCGGGAAUGUUAUGGCAGCUUUGCAAGCAAGGGGGCAUGGCGGUGGGAAAAGCGGGUGCAGCGGUAUACUCAGAGUUGGGGAUGGUGGUUCAGGACUGUGCCAACUGCAGCAGGUCUACCGUGAGAGUAACAAGGCAGCGCAAGAGUUAGCAAGCUGGGCUUUCGAUGGGGCGGUGGAAGCGGUGGAAAAGAUGUGGAUCGAGGAGAUUCCUCCACAUAUUGUGGAUAUUAUACUUCAAGAAAGAGUUUAGGCUUAUGAGGCUUAUGUUUGUCUUUUAUAUGUAGUUUUCUAGUGGAAUGGAAUAAUAUGAGGAAAUUCAG